GUGCUGAAUAAAUAAAUAUAUAAAGUUUCAUAUUCAGUGUCCCAACAACAGCAGCACUAGCCCACCAUCCUCUCACCGACGGCCAGUGUUUCCAUGCACCUGAAGAUUUCUGAGACAAUUCUCACUGCCAGUGGCGGCAGCGCAGCACUUGGAACGGGUGAAUCAAUCGAAAAGAGAGAGAGAGAGAGAGAAGGGGGUGGGCGAGAGAAAGAGAGAGAGAGAUACAGAGAGAGGAGGUGGAGGAAGAGGAGAAGAAGACAGCGUCGGCGGCGGCGGCUCUGCAGUGGAAUAUGCUGUUAUUAGAGGGAAGGUAAGAGCUCUCGGAGUACCGACCAGCCAGUGUGGAGCACGAUGUGUUUCAGGACGUGACCACGGCACCGUAAAACAAAAGUAACUCCUGGAUUCUUCUCUGUUCACAAAAAGCCUCACUCAAAUCUCCAGACAACACCAGAAAAAAAGGGAAUAACAUCUGUUUAUCUGCAUAUUUUCUUUGUAAAAACAACAAAAAAAGCAAAAGGAAAAACAAAAAUCAACAGAGGACAAAAAACAUCUCAGAGGAUGAGGAAUUAGAAAUAACAAAUUGCCACUGUAGGACCAAAGGGAAAUCAGACCUCUCGCAAAUCCGCCAGUGUGAAGUCACCUCACCUGUACCUUCGGAUUAAAGAGCAGGGUCAUGUCCCAGUUGCCAUGCGCAUCGCCACGCUGACCUGCCUUCCCAGCCCUUCCCCCUUCCUCUUUCUGCUGGCCCAGCUGCUACUGCGGCUCCUCCUCCCUGGGCCGGAGCUGGUGGGAGCCACCUCCUCUUGCCCCUCCCUCUGCACCUGCUCCAACCAGGCCAGCCGAGUCAUCUGCACCAGGCAAAACCUGGAGGAGGUGCCCGAGAGCAUAUCAGUCAACACGCGAUACCUCAACCUGCAGGAGAACUCGAUACAGGUUAUCAAGUCAGACACUUUCAAGCACUUGAGGCACCUUGAGAUCCUCCAGCUCUCCAAAAAUCAGAUCCGUCAGAUUGAAGUCGGAGCAUUUAAUGGCCUCCCCAACCUCAACACGCUGGAACUCUUCGACAACCGCCUCACACUGGUUCCAUCACACGCCUUUGAGUACCUCAGCAAGCUACGGGAGCUUUGGUUGCGCAACAACCCCAUUGAGACUUUGCCAGGCUAUGCCUUCCAUCGUGUGCCCUCACUACGUCGCCUGGACCUGGGUGAGCUCAAGAAGUUGGACUUCAUUUCUGACGCAGCCUUCGUGGGUCUCAUCAAUCUACGGUACCUGAACCUGGGCAUGUGUGGACUGAAGGACAUUCCCAAACUGACAGCUCUUGUGCGUUUAGAGGAACUGGAGCUGUCAGGAAACCGGCUGGAGAUCAUCCGACCGGGUUCUUUCCAGGGUCUAGUGUCUCUCCGCAAGCUGUGGCUCAUGCACUCACAGGUUUCUGUCAUUGAGCGCAAUGCUUUUGAUGACCUGAAGAACCUGGAAGAACUUAACCUGUCCCAUAACUCCCUGCACUCCUUGCCCCAUGACCUCUUCACGCCACUUCACCAGCUGGAGAGGGUACACCUUAACCACAACCCUUGGGUCUGCAGCUGUGAAGUGCUUUGGCUUAGCUGGUGGCUGAAAGAGACAGUACCCAGCAACACCACCUGCUGUGCCCGUUGCCACGCUCCCCCAUUUUUAAAGGGCAAGUACAUUGGAGAGCUUGACCAAAGCCACUUCACCUGCUAUGCGCCUGUCAUCGUGGAGCCACCUACAGACCUCAAUGUCACUGAGGGUAUGGCUGCUGAGCUGAAAUGUCGCACAAGCACCUCCACGACAUCAGUGAACUGGAUCACUCCUAAUGGAACUCUUGUGACCCACGGCUCUUACCGGGUGCGGAUAUCUGUUCUGCAUGAUGGCACUCUCAACUUUACGAACGUCACCCUGCGGGACACAGGCCAGUACACCUGUAUGGUCACCAAUGCUGCUGGCAAUACCACAGCAACUGCUGUCCUCAAUGUCACUGCUGCUGAUGCCAGUGUCAACUACACCUACUUUACAACGGUUACCGUGGAAACAGUGGAGUCUGCAGGAGAUGAAGACUCUGCAUUGGUUGCAACUAAUGAGACCUUUAUCCACGUCCAUACUGGUCCCACUCCCUCAGGCCAUCUGUGGCCGGAGGGUAUUCCUACCACAGCUUCCUCUCGGUCAGCUGGCUGGUCGUCCUCCUCUCCUCGAGCCACCCGACCCACUUUCACUGUGCCCAUCACUGAGCCAGGCUUCUCAGGCCUGGAUGAUGUGAUGAAAACCACAAGUCGUGGAGCUUGUGAGAAAAACCCCAAGAUCUUCAUUGGCUGCUUCGUAGCCAUUACCUUCAUGGCAGCAGUGAUGCUGGUGGUGUUCUACAAGCUGAGGAAGCAGCACCAGCUGCAUAAACACCACGGCCCCGCUCGCGCCAUUGAGAUAAUCAAUGUGGAGGAUGAGCUGGGGACCGGGGCCAGUGGACGGGGCAGUGGAAUCUCAGGAGGCUCCACCCUGACACAGAGUGGAAACAGUGGACUAGGUGGGGGGCAGAGCCUCAGGCUGCAUCAUCCGGAGAUAGUCAACCUGCCAAACCUCGCCCGAUCAGAGCAUCUCAAUCAUUACUACAAAACCCAUCAUUUCAACAACAACAUGAUGGGCCUCGGCUUGGGCACAGGUUCUGGAGUGGGCCUCAACAACAACAACAACCCUUCACCGUGCUCUCAGUCUCAGAACAUAAGCUGUUCCCAGGUUUCAACCUGUACCACUGGGGGAACAUCCACUAUAGGCACCCUGCCCUCCCCUGUGCCCCUGCCCCAGUUGGGUCUCCACAGUUCUUUGAAAGGCCUAAUGGGGAAAGGCCAGAAUGAGCCACUGCUUUUUAAGAGUGGCUCUAAGGAAAAUGUGCAAGAGACUCAAAUCUGAGCAGAAGUAAGAGGUAAGGAGGAAGGGAUGCUGGAUAGAGACAGUGAUACAGAAAGCACCUAUGAGACUGGUUGUAGCCUGCUGUCCUCAUGGACAGAUUCUGGAAAAGAUGAAAUUUCACAUAGUCACUGCUUUGUGUUGUCAAUCUCUUGACAGAGACGAGCAGAUAGGAGACAAAGUAAGAUAUCUGAUCAGCACUAGUCCCACAGUAGCAUCUGCACUUACUUUUCAGCAAAAUCAGACACAAACAUAUACGACGUAAACCACAAACAUCCAAAGCACCUGCCUCAACCUGCUUACAGUCUUUGCCAAAGUACUGUUGAAGAUCAAGCCACACAAUCACAGUGAGAAGCUAUGAAUAAUACACCUGUGCAGCGAGCCUCUCCAGGCUUUAUACACAUUGUGUUGUGUAUUUCCAGACACAUUUAGUGUAUAUAUUUAGAGGGAAACAUAAUAUUGGCUAUUGAACAUGUUGUCAGAUUAGUGUUUGGCAGAGACACUGAAUAACAAACCAUGGUUUGGGUAAGCAAUACAGUCCCAGGUUUUCAGGAAGCGCGAAAACGGAGAGAAAAACUGGAGCAGUGCAGUGAUUCUAUCCAGGACACACAUACCAGACUAGUACUUUACAGGCAGACAGAACAACAGUUGUUUUUUCAGAGUGUUUUCACUCUCCCUUUCUCACUUUUUCCCUUUCACACCUUACCGGCUACUGUCUUCUUUUAAGGAGGAGAGAAAAAGAGUGGGCUAACAUGGGUGAAGAAAAAAAAUCCCAUGGCAUUAAAGACAAUGAGAGAUAUAAAAAGGACCGAAAGUAUAUAUUAUAUAUACCGUAAAUAUAUUUUCAUUCAAAGAAAUAAAUUAUAAAGAAUCUUUAUCAAGCUUCUGACUGAAAACUACAACGUCUGAAGAAUAUCUUUAAAAAAAUACACAGCUGUUGUAGUGGCCCUCCCUUACAACUUUUGACAACUUGGAAUAAGAUGGCUGUUCCGACUGUGCUGCAUAAGGACCCACGUGCGAGAGUGGCAUCUAUUGAGAAGGAGCUAAAACAAAAAAAACUUGGCAAAGUAUUUGAGUGAAUUUAUUUUGGUUUCCACUUUUUUGUAGCACACAAAUUGUUUUCCCUCUCCUGACGCACUCACAUAAACAGGGUCAUUGGAGGAGGAAGAUUUUUACGCUCUACUGCAAAAACAAGAAAUAUGACUACAGCUCUUCAUCAUUUGGUAAACAGUGUGGCUAUAGUAUUAAUUAUAAUAAUCAUAAUGGUGAUAAUGAUAACAAGCUUUAGCUUUAUUUGUCAUAAUGGUCUUUUAAUGAUCAAAAACAUGUUACUGUACAUAUUACUACAAAUUUGCACAUGCUAGUUUAGCAUGCACUCCAAAUUCUACAUUUGGUUUUAGCAUAUAAUAGAUGAUCUGUCACGACGAUGAUAAUAUGACAUAUUAUUGUUAUGGUGUUAUCAAUUUUAUCAUCCAAAUGAUUAUUAUUAUUACUACUUCUGCCUAGAAAUAGCUGAGAAGUACUUUUUUUCAUUUGUAUAUGACACUGAAAUUGUUUUGUGACUGAUCCUGUUGGACUGUUGGGCUAAAGAACGGUAGUGGGACGGACUCAGCGUGCCACUAAAGAGAACACAAC